AUGUCAAUUGCGAUGGACAGAGUUGAGUCUUAUGUGUUUAAUUUCUCCGGCAGUAACUUGGAUCAAUCGUCUUCUGAAUCUUUCUCUUCUCCUUCAUCUUCGGCGUCUUCUUCCAUUGGGAGGAAUAGCGACGACGACGAAGAGUCUCACGGCUCUGUAAAAUCGUCAGACGACGUUGGAGAUGACACCGGAGAGAAUGAAGCUGAGUCUCCGUACAAGGGUCCUCUUGAUCUGAUGGAAUCUCUCGAAGAAGUCUUACCCGUCAGGAAAGGGAUAUCGAAAUAUUACAAUGGAAAGUCAAAGUCUUUCACGAAUUUAGCACAGGAGGUAGCGACGGCGUUGACUUCUUCAUCGUCUAUGAAAGACUUGGCGAAGCCUGAGAAUCCUUACAGUCGUCGUCGAAGGAAUCUUCUCUGCCAUCAGAUUUGGGAGAACAGCAAGACGACUCCACGUGGCGGCAUCUCGAAGAAACCCAUCAUUAGCUCGAGCAGGAGCGCUUUGACGCUUGCCAUGGCGGUUGCCGCUGGAGUCAUGGCCGGAGAGGGAUCUUCCUCCGGCGGAGAAUCGUCGCGGGGAUCAAGUCCGACGACAUCGGGAUCGCCUCCGAGGCAGAGACAUCAUGGUCAGAUGCUUCCUCCUCUGUAUCCUAGGAGUCAAGGGUCUUUUGGUAAUUUGACUUCGUCUCAGUCUUCGUCGGGUUUUUGUGCCUGGAGAUCGUAUUCGGUGGCUGAUUUUCCGAGGUGUUUCCCGGCGACGGCGGGUAGUAUUGGAUCUAAUGACUCGUAG